AUUCCCGUUCCGCUCUCGUAAGGACGGCACCUCCUACCAACCUUUCAACACCUUUCAACAUGCCUCGCCACGGCGUAGCAAUUCGGAUCCGAAAUGCCCCCUCAUGUACCGCGCAAGCGAAUACGCGACUCCACACCACCUCCCCCUAAAAUCGAGACGAAAGCCAAACAGAAGAGAGGCCAAAAGGGUCUCGGAGUGCCGCCGCGCAAGUCGACGCUCUUCGAUGACCUCGAUGCGAGCUCAACCCCGCGGUCCUCGACAAGAAAUACGUCAUCGAACUUGGGAAUAGAGGAUAGCGAUGACGACGACAGUUCCCUAACGUCCCUGUCUGAUGGCGACUUUGAAGAUGUCUCAUCCGCCAAGCGACGGAAAACCCAGGCGGCGGUUGACGAAGUCGAUGACGACGAUGAAGACGACGAGGAUAUCGAGUUUGAGGACGUCGAGACUCCACAGACGGCCUUCACCAAUGUUCCGACGCCGUCCGGCGACCUUGAAUUGACGCUGAUCAGGGACACCAGGAUAUCCUUGGCAAAUGCGCUGGGGAAGAAAGGCCCGUCGAAACUGGAGCGGAAGAUACGGGUUGCUACGCAUUGUGCGCAUGUUCAGUUUCUGAUGUGGCAUAAUGCUCUCCGAAACUCCUGGCUGUGCGAUCCGACUGUUCAAGGCAUUCUGCUGUCCCAUCUCCCGCCGAGACUAUCGGCCGAGGUGGACCGUUGGAGGAACAACAGCGGGUUGGAGGUGCCCGAGGAGGCGCCUCAGAGUGGCAAGACGAACAAGAACUCGAAAGGCAAAGGGAAGGCGCCGGCGCGAAAAGCCCGGGAUUGGGCUCCGGCCUCGCAGCGUCUUGAAAAAGGCGCCGUGGAUAUGAGCCAUGGGGACCCUCUGUUCAGGCUGAUGAAAUAUCUGGCCGCCUGGUGGAAACAGCGGUUUCGCGUCACCGCUCCAGGGUUACGGAAGUGGGGAUACAUGUCGUUGGAGAGGCUUGACCGUCUGACGAAGGCUUUUCGGAAAGAUGAACAUGACCAAGAGAGAUUCGGGGAACGUGUCCGGGAUCUUGACGAAUUCCGGCUGUGCGCGCAGGAAUGCACCGGCAGCCGGGACGUUGGGGCUCAACUCUUUACGGCACUACUCAGGGCGCUAGGCUUGGAAGCUCGCCUGGUUGCCAAUAUCCAGCCGUUGGGGUUUGGGUGGAACAAACUGGAGGAAGCGGACCCUGAGAAGGAAGGCUUCAGUUCCGGUCAUACUCCAAGAAAGGAACCGGAGAGUGUUCCUCAACAAAGGCCAGAUCCUGCACAGGCUAGUGUGGCGAAGACGGUAAGGAGUACCGCCCCCAGUCGAAGUUCAAGACGACAAACCAGGGCGCAGCUAGAAGAUCCGUCCGAUUCGGAACUGGCGGCGGACGACAGCGACGAUGACCUAGCCAUCCAGGUCCCGAAAGCGCCACAGAAAAGGGAGAGGGUUUACGACGCGGACCUGGAAUUUCCUCAUUACUGGACUGAAGUGUUGUCACCGGUAACGAACAAGUAUCUCGUCGUCGACCCGAUCGUCAAAGCCGUGAUCGCCACAAAUCGAGAACUCGUCGAGUCACUUGAGCCUCGUGGUGGCAAAGCCGACAAGGCGAAGCAGGUCAUGGCUUACGUUGUCGGGCACUCGCAAGAUGGGACGGCCAAGGAUGUCACGGUGCGCUACCUAAAACGGCAAACGCUGCCAGGCAGGACCAAAGGGGUGCGCAUUCCCAUCGAAAAGGUGCCUGUCUACAAUCACCAUGGUAAAGUCAAACGAUACGACCAGUUCGACUGGUUCAGAUCCGUCAUGGACGGCUACGUCCGAGGCGAUCAGAAGCACCCCAUCACCGAAGCUGACGACGACGAGAACGCGACGGACCUGAAACCCGCCAAGCCCGAGAAGAAAGAAGUUAAAGAAGGCGAAGAAACCCUCCAGUACUACAAACAAUCCAAGGAAUUCGUCCUCGCGCGGCACCUCAAGCGCGAGGAAGCUCUCCUCCCGGCCGCCCAGCCGGUCAAGACGUUCAAAAACAAGGGCAAGACCGCCGAAGAAGAGCCCGUGUACGCGCGCGGGGAUGUCGUGCAGGUAAAGAGCGCCGAGACGUGGCACAAGCAGGGCCGGGCGCCGAAGCCGGGCGAGCAGCCGCUCAAGCGGGUCCCCUACCGGGCGGCGACGACCAACCGGCGGCGCGAGAUCGCCGAGGCCGAGGCCGCGACGGGCGAGAAGGUGCUGCAGGGCCUGUACGGCUUCGACCAGACCGACUGGAUCAUCCCGCCGCCCAUCGAGGACGGCGUGAUCCCCAAGAACGAGUACGGCAACAUCGACCUGUUUGCCCAGCACAUGUGUCCCGAGGGGGCUGUGCACGUGCCCUUCCGCGGCGCCAUGCGCGUGGCUAAGAGGAUGGGGAUUGACUUCGCUGAAGCGGUCGUGGACUUUGAGUUUGGUCACCGCAUGGCUGUGCCGGUUAUUCAGGGGGUGGUUAUCGCGGAGGAACACCAUGACCAGUUGAUGGAAUUGUUGGCUAAGGAUGAGGAGGAGAAGAAGAGGAAGGAGGACGACAAAAGGCGCAAGGCGGCGUUGGGGAUGUGGAGGAGGUUCGUCAUGGGGUUGCGGAUCGUGGAGAGGAUCAAACAGGACCAUGGGCAAGUAGGAGAAGACGUGGAUGCUUUUGGUCGGGAGAGCAGUGGGCGGGUUAGGGGAGAGGGAGAAGGGGUGGACCCUAGCGCUGCGCCGGGAGAGGAUGAGGAUAUGGGUGGGGGCUUCUUACCGGAGGGGUAUGAAGAGGAGGAGCGAACCGCUAACUUGACCUCGGGGUUCUUUCCUAUCGUCGACGAGGAGGAAGGGGGGGAGGACGAAAUGGCAUCGCUUGAGGUUGACCAUGGGGAGGCUCCGCACAACCCGAUAGCCGGGCCGGGAAGAUCGGUUUCGCACGCGAAACCGAAGCCCAAGAGAGUCAAGUAAAUCUAAGGCAUUGACAUCCGGGCGCAGGGGCCGGCUUAAUAUUUCGAAGAGCCCGGAGCAAGAAGAGGGGAAAAUACCUUGGCUCGCUUGGGAUGUUUCAGUUGACUUGGGGUUCUGAAGACGCUCGAGGUUGUCGGCUUAGAAUGCUAGGGUUUACGGGAUGGACUGUUCCUCCGUCAAAGAGUCGAGAUGAAAUCAAGUGAGAACCAGUUAGAAAGACGAGAAAACGGGGUUGCUGGUUCCCGCAUGCGUUCGAUGACAUAGGUGCGGUGAUGAUGGGCUCCACCAAGGCAAGUGCACUGAUCAUAUGAUGGAGACACCGUGGAGAGGCGACGGAGGCCUAGAAAACAAUAGUUAUGUUAUUGUGACUUCAUCCAAGUUGCUAUCAUGACGAAUCAGACACAAAAUCGACAGGAAUAAUGGUUGAGUCCAUGUCGGCGCGAUUGUUGGGUUGGGUUCA